GGUGGGGAAAGCCGUUUCACCAUCUGGUAACACUGGAGUAGCGACAAUUUUUGCAUAUAAUACAAUUAAAUAAUAAAGGGCGACCGCCGAAGCUGCAAAACCUGGUUUUAUACUGCUGCAAUUGCUGAAGAUUCUAGUUUAGGUGCCACACGCGAGAAAACCAGAAAGUGCUGCGCAAAGUCGAACGAAGAGCCCCAAGAAAAAGAAGCAGAAAGAAGAAGAAAAGUGAAAGCCCCCAGAAAAAGUACAAAAGAGCAAGAGAGAGAGAAAGAGCAAAGAGAAAGAGAGGGUGAAAAGAGUCUGGGCGAAAAACGAUUUUUUCAGAGAACACCGCGAAUUUUUGGUAAUAUUCCGUGUGCAAUACCUGGUAAUACGGGAAGCGGCGAAGGAACAGCAGCAGCAGCAGUAGCACUACCAGGACAAGAACGCCGUCAAGAUUCUCGGGCCCAUCUACAGCGGUAUCCCAAACCACGGCCACCAGGACGCAGAAGCCACCGCUACCUACCGCUACAGCAGCCACAGCACUCCACUAGCCGCCACCACGCUCCACAAACAGCCAGCAGCCAUCAUGUUCGUCAACUCGAUGACGUUCCGCGGCAAUCCGGCGAACUACCACCAGCAGCAGCCAGCCCUGAACCACCACACGCUGGCCGCUGCGCACCAUCAGCAGCAGCUGCAUCACCAUCAUCACCUGGGCCACGUUGGCGCUGUCCUGGGCCGGCAUGGUGGGCACAAUUCGCUUGGUAGCGGGCACACGUCCAGCUCCUCGCACUCUGCUAACGUGGGCGCCAAUGUGGGUGUGGGCGUGGGUGGUGGAGCCUUGGCCAGCGGCUCCACCGGCGGCAGUGGUGGCGGCAACAGCUCCCCGGACAGCGGCAAGAUCUAUAUUAAAAACCUGGAGCGGUCCAUCGACAACAAGGCGGUGUACGAUACGUUCUCGGUGUUCGGCAACAUCCUAAACUGCAAUGUCGCUAAGGACGAGGAUGGCAACUCGCGCGGCUAUGGGUUCGUGCAUUUCGAUUCGGAGGAGGCCGCUCGGGCGGCCAUCGAGAAGGUGAACGGGAUGCUGUGCAAUAACCAGAAGGUGCAUGUGGUCAAGUUCAUACCACGGCGGGACCGGGAGCAGGAGAAGGCCACGCACUUCAAGAACCUGUACGUGAAGAACCUCAGCGAGGAGUUCACCGAGCAGCACUUGCGCGAGAUGUUCGAGCCCUACGGCCGCAUCACCAGUCACAAGCUCAUGCUGGACGAGGAGGGGCGCUCCCGGCGCUUCGGUUUCGUGGCUUUCGAGAACCCACAGUCGGCGCUGGCCGCCGUGAUUGGCCUGCAUGGCAAGCAGCUGGGCGACAACAAGUUCUUGUACGUGGCAAGAGCCCUGAGCAAGGCCGAGCGGCAGCAGGAGAUCAAUCGCAAGCUGGAGGAGCGCAAGCGCCAGAAGGCCGGUCAGAUAUUUUACUACUAAGGCGGCAACGGCGGAGGCAGCUGAUCCAAGGACAUCGCUAGGAGUUGACUCAGAACCCACACACACAUACAAUAUACACCCAUAUAUAAACCUAUAUAGAUAUUUACGAGAAAUUGUAUCGAGCAGCUAGGCGAACAUUCAGGCAGCAGGCGGGCAGGAUGCAACUCCUGCACAUAUACAUUUAGACGUAGGCAAAAGUGUUGCAACACAGUUGAAAUUUAUAGAAACACACAAGAACAUAAGAUACGGAAGCGGUAGCGAAAGCGAAAGCGAAAGCGAAAGGAGAAGCGGAGUACGAACUCUCAAUCGAAAGGAUUUUCUAGGCAUUAGGACAACAGUUUCUUAGCACUCACUAGCGUUUUUUUGGAAUUAGAUGUUUGUCUUUACUGUUGAAUUUAGUGAGCAAAGCAGAGGCUUCGCUGUCAGCUUCUCGCCUAAAGAACACAUUGCGUACACGUAUUUCGAAAUGUAUUUACCCACACCAGGCCAACAUUCACACAGGCCCCUUGGCAUUAAGUCUAGAUCGUGCGAUCGCAACUAGAGCUACGCCCAGCCGAGUACUGGGCAACAUAUGAAUAUUUACACAUACCUAUUAUAUAUUAAAACCAAAACUAAAACAACAAAAAAAAAAACAAAAAAAGAACUAAAACAAAAAUUAAAAAAAUACAAUUGAUGUAACCCCUAUUAACAAUUGAAGCACUCACUCUACAUAUAUAUUUAACGUAAAACCACACGCUGUAGUUAAAAAGCGUUUAUAAUACUCACACACUCUACGCUAUAACUAAUACUUUUGACGAGGAAUCAAGUGCAACCAUUGCGAAAGCGAACCCUACACGUAAUUUAUAUAGUAGACGCAAAUGCGGAGGAAAGAAUAGAUCGGAGCUGAACAGAUAAUGAAUUAGCAGGAGGGCCCAGCGUCGCUCCUGCGGACAGUACAUGAGUAUUAAAAAUUUUAGCAAUUACAAGACAUUUUUGUAAUUAAUUGUACAUUGUUUCAAGUAGCAAAAACGAAAAUGAAACCACAAAACAGGACCGCAAAGACAGCCGUAAUGUAACGAAAGCAAAAAAAAGAAAGAAAAACUAAUUGAAUAUAACCAAUCCAAAAAGUGUACACAAUGCAAUGUUUAAAAUCUUUUAGAAUAUUAUUAUGGAUACAAGGCACGAAACAAAACCCUAAAAAAGAAAGGCACUUUAAAGGCAGGCGUGUAUACAAGUUCGGCCCAUGGCAAAUUAAACCGAAAUGAAAGCAAAUACAUACAUAAUUUAAGAUUAUUGAGCUUAAUUUUUAAAAUGUUUCCAAGAACAGAAAACGAAAGUAAAGAGAAAAAACAAAAAUGUUAAGAAAACCAAACAAUGCUAAACUCACUCGAAAUUUGUAAGAUUCAAGUUUUGCGUCUAGACAUACACACAAUGUAUAGUUAAAACAGUACCACAAGAGAACAAAAAAUGAAAUUACAUAAAAAUAGUUAUAAAUGAUGGCAAUAUUUAGGAUGGCAUAAUUAAUGUAACCCUCAUUUGACAAUAUUUAUUUUCCAUUACAUUUCAUUUUGAGCUUAGGUUGCCCGCUCCCAUUGAUCAUUGAUCCAAAGGGGUUUUGACCCCGGGGAGCGAGCGAUAUUACGAUUCUAGUUUUCAGGACAAAAGUAGGAUUAGGCCUCCACACUCUAACUCACACAGAACAUAUGCAAUAUGAAUUUACAAGACAAACAAAAGAAAAUUAUGCAAUUGAAUAAUAUUUACACAAAUGUACAAAACAAAAGAAAGAAAAUGAAAUUUAUUUUCCUUUGCCAAGCAAA